AUGACCACUGCACCUGCAGCAGAAUUAACAUACGAACAAAAGGAUGAAUUAAAGCGAAUCGCUGCUGCAAUACUAGUCCCAGGAAAGGGUAUAUUAGCUGCUGAUGAGAGUAACGGAAGUAUGGACAAGAAAUUGAAACCAAUUGGGUUGGAGAAUAACGAGGAGAAUCGUCGCCAGUAUCGUCAGGUGGAUAAAGGGCUGGAGCCGAUACCUGGAACGGAUGGUGAGAUGACCACUAAAGGACUCGAGGAUUUGGAUGCUCGCUGUGCUAAAUAUAAAAAGGAUGGUGCACAAUUUGCAAAAUGGCGUUGUGUCCACAAACUUAGUGCUACAACACCGAGUGUUAAAGCAUUAGAGGAAGUUGCGAAGGUUAUCAUCGCAUAUUGCAUAUCUUGA